UAUUCUUGACGGAUCGUCUCGUCGGAUUGUCCGCACGAGAUCGAUCGAUUCACCGUUUCACUUCCAAUCCCGUCGUUUCGAAGAUCACGAGGCUGGAUUGUACCGUCGUGAUCACGCGACAUGGAUGCCCUGGAAUUGCAAGCAGCCCUGGUGAAGCUGGAUCCAGCCACCACGGUAACGCCGAUCGGCUCGAACGUGAAAAUGCUGCCACCUCAUCAUCGUAUCGCGUUCACGGUCGAUUUGGACGAGAACGAUGUAACAUUGGAAAACUCGUCGCAGAACGACGAGAAAUCUAACGUGGUGCCGGCCAUGCAAUCGAACAUACCUAGAAAGCUGCACAGUUGCUCGACCCAGGUGACCGUGCCUGAGGUCAAGUGACGCCAGCCUUGCUUCGACCUUAUCUUUUAUCACACUUACCCGCCGCACAGGAGCAGCAAGCAUCAUGCUAAACAUCACGCUAAGGAGAAGAG